AUGGGUCUCGUCAAGGUCAUUAAAAACAAGGCCUACUUCAAGCGCUACCAGGUUAAGCUGAAGCGUAGACGUGAGGGAAAGACUGACUACUACGCCAGAAAGCGUCUUACCGUCCAGGACAAGAACAAGUACAACACCCCAAAGUACCGUUUGAUCGUCCGUUUGACCAACAAGGACAUCGUCGCUCAACUCGCCUACUCCAAGAUCGAAGGAGACGUUGUUGUCGCCUCGGCUUACGCUCAUGAGCUCCCCCGUUACGGACUCAAGGCCGGACUUACCAACUACGCCGCUGCCUACGCCACCGGACUUCUCCUUGCUCGCCGUCACUUGAAGGCUAUCGGACUUGACUCCACCUACAAGGGACACGAGGAGCUCACCGGAGAGGACUAUAAUGUCGAGGAGGAGGGAGACCGUGCUCCAUUCAAGGCUGUCCUUGACAUCGGACUCGCCCGUACCACCACCGGAUCCAAGAUCUUCGCCGUCAUGAAGGGAGUCGCUGAUGGAGGUAUCAACGUUCCACACAGUGAAAGCAGGUUCUUCGGAUUCGACCAAGAGUCCAAGGACUACAACGCCGAAGCUCACCGUGACCGUAUUCUCGGAAAGCACGUCGCUGAUUACAUGAGCCUUCUGAAGGAGGAGGACGAGGACCGCUACAAGCGUCAGUUCUCUAAGUUCCUCUCUAACGGAAUGAACGCCGACAAUCUUGUCGCCACUUACCAAAAGGCCCAUGCUAACAUCCGUGCUGAUCCAUCGCCAUCCGCCAAGAAGGCUGCCAAGCCAUCGAAGAGACACACCGCCAAGAGAUUGACAUACGACGAGAGAAAGCAACGCGUCGCCGACAAGAAGGCCCUUCUUCUCCAACUCAAGGAGCAACAACAAGAGUAA